UUUACCAUACACUUCAUCUCUUGAAGCUAAACCAAGAUCAUCUAAGCAAUAGCUAUACCAACCAACCACUACUUUAACAAUCGCAAUGGCUCCAAAGAAUUUAGCCGAAGUUCCCGCUGAAGAAGUCGCAGCUUUCGUCAAGUCCUUCGAUAAUAUCUUAUUCGACUGCGAUGGCGUACUUCUAUUGGGUGAAGAUAUAAUUCCGGGUGUUAAGGAUUCCGUCAACUCGAUGAAGGAGAUGGGUAAAGAAAUCAAGCUAAUCACUAACAACUCUUUCCGCACAACGAGGGAAUGGAACGAGAUCUUUGAAGACGUCGAACUGGAAUUCACCAGCCACGAUGUCAUUUUCCCUACCAAAGCGGUUAUUCACUACCUGCAAGCCAAGAAAUUUAACAAGAAAGCCUUCGUCCUUGGUCAACCGGCGAUGGUCGAGGAAUUGAAAGAAUACGGAAUCGGCGUGUACGACUACAAAGAUUGUCCCAAAUUGAAACACGUUUCGGAUUUGGAAGAUUACAUCGGCGAUGAUUUAAGUAUUGGAGCGGUAAUAGUUGAUUUGGAUUUUAACUUGACCUAUCCGAAGCUGAUGAAAGCGGCGACAAUCUUAAAGAGACCCGACGUCCAUUUCAUCUUCUGCGCCACAGACAAGACUGCACCGUUCGGCGAAAACUAUAAAAUUAUCGGCUCGUACUUUAUCGGAGAAACGUUGGAGAUGAUUACCGGAAGGAAACCUGUGAUCUUGGGCAAACCUAGCGUCACUUAUAACAACUUCGUGAAGAAGAACUACAAGAAAAUCGAUCCAGCCCGUACCUUGUUCGUUGGCGACUCUUUGAUGACUGACAUGCUUUUCGCUACAAAGUGCAAUUACCAAAAGCUUCUUGUUCUUACGGGGACGACGAGUUACGAGACAAUGAUGAGUUGCAGCAAAGAAGUCUCGCCCAAGUAUUAUUUGAGGAGCUUAGGAGAUCUCCAUAAAUUGUUGAACUGAAAAUUUCCCGCCCACAACAAUUAAGUGUAUAUAAGUCUAUUUUAUAUCUUGUAAUUUAUAUAUUUUUAUAUGCGUAUGUACUAAAUAGUGUGACUGACACGUGAUAAUCUUAUAGUUCUAUGCAAUAAAUAUAAACUGAAAACGUGA